AUGAUUUAUUCUGAUUUUCUCCGCCCGCUUAUGCCUGAGUUAGUCAAUUUAUUGAAAACCCACGUGAAAAAACAUGCGAUUAAAUUCAAUUUGAAACUCGAAGCAACAUGCAACCGGCCCAACGUACCAAACUCGUCGGAGAACCGGGCAUUCAAGACUUCGGCGGUAGAACUUUAUUCGGAUAGUGACAUUAGAACGAUUGUAGAGAGGGCGUAUAUGAAGUUAAUGACAGAGAAAGAUGAGUACCAAUCACGUGGAAGCGGAUUUACAUUGGAGAGCAUAGACGGCUUGUUGUUGGCGGUAUACACCGAUGAGUGGAUCGUCGUAUAUCGAGUUGCCAACGUAUAA